AUGGCAGGCAGCGAUGUGGACAGCGAAGGGCCGGCUCGGAGGGGCGGCGCGCCGCGGCGUCCGGGAGCCCCCAGCGGGCCAAGGGGCGAGGCGGCCGCCGGCUGCCCGGAGCCGCUGUCCACUGCUGAAGCGCUGCCCGCCUGGAUGCGCCUCUACUUCUACGGCAUGCACGGCAUCACCCUGGACGUGCUGCUGUCUUCGGCGCGGCGCUUCGCUCGCAGCCCCGACCUGCGGAUGCUCGGCUUCUCCUCGCCCUACCGCUGCCUCUUGCACUCGCUCACGCACUUCGCCCUGGAGAAGGUCUACCUGCAGCAGCCGCGCUGCCCCAGCGCCUUCGUCUUCAAUUUCCUCCUCUACCCCUCGGCCCACGUGGGGCUGCAGACCCUGGCGGGCCAGGCGCUGCUGCUGAGCCUGGGCGGCGGGCCGGGGGGCGCGGCGGCUCCGGGGGCGCUGGAGCUGGCGCUGCAGUACGUGCUGGCGCUCUACCACUGCCAAGUGUUCCUCAAGCGUUUCUUGCGCUUGCGGUACGGGCGGCAGCGGCGGCGCCAGCAGCAGCCACAGCCACGGAAGGGCGCGCUCCCCGCCGCCCCCGGCGCCCGGGCCCCUGCUGCAGCCGCUGGCCGGCGGCCACCGACCCGAGGGCCCCCGGGUGCGGGAGGCGGCCCCCGCCAGGGGCUGCCGGACCCGCUCCGCUUUCUGUUCUUCGGAAUGCACGGCUUUCUGGAUGAGAUCUUCUUCACCUUCUUCUUCAACGUGCUGGGGCAGGGGGACAGGGCGACCACCGGCCACACGUCGCUCUGGUCCUUCCUCAUGUACGGCAGCUGCAGUUUCGUGGUGGAGAAGCUCUACUUCUACCUCUGCUACAGCCGCGGCUGGGGCACGUGGAAGCGGGUGCCCAUCUACGUGAUCUUCAUCUACGCGUGGGAGCUGUCCUGGGGGCUGGGGCUUCGCAUGUGCGGGGCUUGUUCUUGGGACUACUCUCACUACCCACUCAACUUCAUGGGCCUCAUCACUCUGAUGUAUUUGCCUGGUUGGAUAUUCCUUAGUGUGUACCAGGACCUGCUUUCCAACGUGUUGUGGCGGGUGCAGUACGUCCCAGCUGAGACACCACCUCCCACCCCGACCCCCCAAAAAAGAAACGCACUGGAUUCUCGAGACUGA